AUGUUUUAUCAUCUACCAUUUAGACGGUUUGGUUCCUGCUCAUGCAGUAUUUACUGCAGGCGACUCUGGCAAUAACCACAUCGCACAUAUCUAUCCACACUUUACAACAUCUCCUGCAAUAUGAAUGUAACUGUAACUCGUGACCAGGCAUGUUGACCAUGCAGAGAAAAUGACUGAAUUAAUCUAUAGGCUGAAUUAGAAUCGCCGGAUUAAAAAAAAGAAAAUUGCAAUAGCUAUACAGACAAACUUUCUCCAGGCAUGACUUAAUGUGAGAAGAUAAUAGGGAUGCUCUUGAGUUCGCUCGGCUCAUUUAAUAAAUUAUGCCUCACAUCAGUGGCCUGAGUGUUCUCAAGGUGCAUGUACCACAUCCCCUUGAAGGUUUUAAUAUGGCCUCCUGUAAUCCUCUCAAUCCUGAACCAGUGCUGCUGCAUGGGCGACCUCACGUGGCCGGUGGGGGUAUUGUAGGCCCGCUCAGCACGCAUCGCGUUUUAUAAUCGCAGACAAUGAAUGACAACUUAAAAGGCAAUUGAGCGCGUGCUACAUUUACGACUAGGAUUGGAAUUUAUUAUGAGUGAUUCAGUCGCUUUUUUUUAACAAAACGCCCUUUACCUGUUGUAUUUCUUUCUUUUAUUUAUUUUCCGUGAACAUUUUGGGCCAGUCAUUUUAUUCCUGUAUUUCUGUAAGUCACUGAUAAAUACUUCUCCUCAUAAAUGCAUUUAACUCCAAGCAUUCAUUCUACAAAGGGGCCAGACUGUGCAGAACAAACUUCCCUCCACUUUACCGCCCUUCCUCCAGUUUGUCCAUCGGAGACCACAUUUAAAAUGUAACCCCACCUGAAACCUCGCGCGGACCAAUCGGCUGUAGCAAUGUCAGCGGGUUCGGCACACCCUCCUUUGUUCAAAACCAAUCAGAGUGGAUGUGUGGCCUGUUGCCCGAGGGGAAAACAUACCCCCUGGAUGCGUUAAUUACGCAUCACUUAUCUGUUGCCAAUGUGUUCACAAAGCUGGACCCUCUUUGCAGCGGUUGCCUUCACUUUUUGGUCAAUCUAGUAUGGAAAGUAGACAACAAUGGCUCACCAGGCUGAAAAAUGAACUUAGCAACAGUCCUCUGGUGUCAAAUGUGGCUUUUGGCUUCAUCCUCAUGGGACUGGAGAAGCUGGUGGAGCUGGAGUUUGAGUGUCCUUGCAACCCUACAUGGAACGGAGUAUUCUCAUCAGCGUUCUUCAUCAUUCCUGCCGUCAUGGCCUUCACCCUGAUGCUGAUCAUUCAAGGAUGCAGAUUUGACGCGUGGUGCAGGAAAACCCUUUCCCUCUCCAGCUUCGUUCCUGCUAUCGUGUGGCUUAUUUUGUUGUUCCUCGAUGGACAAUACUUUGCUUGUGCCAUGACAGACUGGAAGGGUAGAUUUGUAAUAGUUGACAAGGCAGCUCCGCAGAAGUGGUGUGAGCCGACUGGUGAGGGAGAUGUCACCCCACAAGAACUGAUGCUCCGCUCACAGCAGCUCUUUGUUUUUUCUCAGGUUAUCGGCAUAGUCCUCCUCAUUUUCAUCUGUGUGGGUCUCAUAGUGUAUGUAAUCAGAGAAAGCUGCGAACAAGAGGUGGAGAUGCAGGAUGCAGAUGUAGCCGAGCUCACUGUGCUUAGGAUGAGCUCCCUGCGGACCAGGACGUCCUGAGGGGGGACUCACACCACCCAACACACCUGCCCAGCAGGCAUGGACACUUUGUAAAUACCAAUAACAGACUUUAUGACUUUUCGUAACUGUUGUUAAGAAGUGUUGCCCACUAGACAAGUUUUAAACGGUCAAUUAUUACUAUAAUUAUGGAUAUUAUUUUUCUGUUUUAUCAUUUAAUAUGUAACCGGUCUUGUGCCUUUGUUCAUCCCAUACGCCAGUGCUGCAACUUAUUAGCUUUUGAAGGGCUCUUUAAAGGAAUAGGUGAUUAUUUUUGUUGUUUUUUUUGGUGGGAUGAGAAGAUGGAUAAUAUCACGUCUGUCCAUUGAAUAUGACACUUCAUCCAACAGUUGGUGGGCUUAGUUGAGCGGAAAGUUUGUAACCAGGGAGGAAGCAGUCGGCCUCGUUCAGUCCAAAAUCUAAAUAGUGCUUGUAUCUCCAAAAAUGAACAGCUAUCUCAUUAGUCUGAUCUGUACAACAGUAAAAAACAAUAAAUAAGCUGUUUAUGAGUAUGCAUAAAAGCAGUUGCUAUGCAACCAGGAAAGAUUAAAAGUGCGGUAACCCCACCGAGAAGCAAGGAAAGCCCCCCCACUUUGACAUAUUCAGUGUGUGUUUGACAGACAAAUAAUCAUCCAGAAGCAAAGUCUGUUCUGCUCUCUCACCUUUUCAACGUUUUACAAACUUUUUUUUUAACAUGGAAGUUAUCUUUGUGCCUUCUGUAUAAGCUAUAAUUGUGGAAUCCAAAAGUCAGGGAAUAUUGAUCUGAUCUACUAUUAUUUGACUUGUAUAAACCCAAUAGUUGGAGGUGUAUGUUCCCAAAAUGAAGACGUUCCAUCAUGAUGAAAUUUCAUUUGAAAUGUUUUGGUUUCUCCUCCUGGAUAGCAACUGUCUCCAGACUGAACUGAUAUUCCUAAUGAUUUACCUUUUGGACAGCUAGAGGUGUAAACACAUGUUCAUGAUGCUCUGUAUCAUGGUUGCAACCAGUUAAUAGUGGGAUGUACACAAAUUCUGUAACAGGAUUUCUAGUGUUUAUCUUUUUUAUUGUUUGAUAUUAAAAUUAUUUAUUUAUUUAAAAAAAAAACAUCAGGGAUUUUUUUAUCAGUCACAUCAGAAUAGCAUUUGGUCAGUUUCCACCAUCGUAACAAACCUGCACUGUCGGUAACUUGAAUGUGUCUUAACAUGUGAUCAACUCAGCUGUGAGAGUAAUGUCAGUUGUAAAAUCGUUCUACACACACCAAAGUGGGUCAAAUCAAUAUGGUAACAUUAGGAAUAUCUUUUCAACUUUGGACUUUUAUUACUGUAAAUGCCAACAUUUGCUAAGACAACAGCAGAACAAUCAGCACAGCACAUGCUACAAAUAGUAUGCUAUCUGCUGAGGAACACAAAGCCUGUCUGUAGAUUCUCAGGUUAGUGACACCUUUGUGUCACCUUUGUGCGCAUCCUUUAUGGGGAAGAGACUGGUUUGGAGCACGUCUGCUGAAACCUACACAAACAGCAGUUAUGACACGGAGGAAGUUGUUGUCUUUAACCCCUCCUCUUUAUUCAGUGUUAAGACACAGCAGAGCACCACGCGCAAACAAAUGGCGUCCCUAAACUCAUUCAUGGAGUCAUGGGGCACUUUUCUGUUAUGAGUUUUUGAAAAUGUAAAAUCAUAUUCCAGUGUUCCACAGUCAGUUAGAAACAUUUUGGAAAUUAGUGGAGCAAUACAUUCACUGGGUCCUUCAUCCUUGUCCUGCAUAAAAGGAUGAACUCAUGAGCAUUACCCACAUAUUAAGAAAAAGAUUGUAAUUCCUUCCCUCUAAAGCAGCAAUUUUGCAGCCCAUUUGGACAUGUUUGUUUAAAAGGCUUUGUUAAAUAAUGUGUAAUAAUUGUUAAAAAAAACAAAGAAAAUCAGCCUUAAACAGCUAUGUUCUUCUGUGUUGACCAUUGAUUUUUUAAUAAAAUCAAAUGUUUAUUUCUUUGAA